CAAAGAAACGUUAAAAAAUCUUACACUUCAGUUCUAUUGUUGCGUGACGCACGCGCUUCUCAAAUCUCAACUUUGGUCUGUAUUUGAAUACUUCCUGUACACAACUAUGUAUAGACUGAAAUUAGGUUAAUUGUAUCUCGUGUUGGAUGUGUAACGAAAAUUCCGAUUUACAGAGUGGAAAGAUUUGUGGAACGAUACAUUAUGAGUGCUUCAAACAAUGAACGUCUUAUACAAACAGGGAUUUUAACAGUGAGUGAUAGAUGUUUCAAAGGACAAGCUGUUGAUAAAAGUGGUCACAAUUUACAAGCUAUGGUUCCCAACUUAUUUAAAGCGGAGAUUACAGCUACACAAUGCGUACCGGAUGAUAUUAACAAAAUACAGGAAGUGUUACUUCACUGGUGUGACAACAUGAAAUUGGACCUUGUUUUGACAACAGGUGGCACUGGUUGUACUCCUCGUGAUGUUACUCCUGAGGCUACAAAAGUAAUUCUUGAACGAGAAGCUCCAGGAAUGGCCACAGCAAUGAUGAUUGAAUCUCUAAAGAUUACACCUUUGGCUAUGAUUUCUAGGCUUAUUUGUGGAAUUCGUGGUAAAACUCUUAUACUAAACCUUCCUGGAAGCACUAAUGGAUCAAAGCAAUGUAUGGCAUUUGUAAAAUCAGCAAUACCUCAUGCUGUAGAUCAGCUCAAUGCAGAUACUGAGAAAAUUGAUGAAACACACAGAUUUCUAAGACAUGCUUCAUGUAAGACUUACCCCAAGAAGAAACAUGAAGAGAUGACGGUAACUGUAUCUGACAAGCCACGUCAGUCUCCAUAUCCUUUAAUCUCUGUUGCAGAAGCUCAAGCUGUUGUUCUAAAAGAGGCUGACUGUUUACAAACUCAGAUCUUGGAUUUCGAAGAAGCACUUGGAUAUGUGUUAGCUGAAGAAAUAACAUCUGCUGACAAUAUCCCACCUUUUCCUGCAUCAGUCAAAGAUGGCUAUGCUGUACUUUCAAGUGAUGGAGCAGGCAUACGAAAGGUAGUUGGUGAUGUACCAGCAGGAUUUUGGCCUGAUGAUCUAAUAGUUAAUAGUGGAUCCUGUAUCAGAAUAAAUACAGGAGCUGCAGUGCCCUCUGGAGCUGAUGCUGUGGUUCAGGUUGAAGAUACAGAACUUUUAGAAACAUCAGAAGAUGGACAGAAGGAACUUAAAAUAACUAUCCUUAAGCCUCCCACUGUUGGUCAAGAUAUACGACCACCUGGUUCAGAUGUUAAGCAAGGAACAGUGGUGUUAAGUUCUGGCUCAAACUUAGGACCAGCUGAAUUAGGUUUGUUAGCAACAGUUGGCACCACAAAAGUGAGUGUGUAUUGUAAGCCAAGAAUAGCUGUUCUGUCCACAGGAAAUGAACUAGUCAGACCUGAUGAGUUUUUGCAACCAGGAUGUAUACGUGAUAGCAACAAGACUAGCUUGAAAUCUCUUCUCCAACACCGAGGAUUCACAGUAGUAGAUGCAGGGAUUGCUAUAGAUAAUCAUGAAGACCUGGUAAAGAAAUUUAAAAAAGCCUUUGAAGUGGCUGAUGUAGUUGUAUCUUCUGGUGGUGUAUCCAUGGGAGAAAGGGAUAUUCUGAAACAAGUGCUUGAAAACAGCUUUGGAGCUAAAAUUCAUUUUGGUCGUGUCUUCAUGAAACCAGGGAAGCCAACUACAUUUGCCACAUUGCAAUUUAAGAGUAAGAAAAAACUGGUGUUUGGGCUGCCAGGUAACCCCGUCUCUGCAAUUGUUACAUGUAACUUGUAUGUCUUGCCUGUUCUGAGGAAGAUGAUGGGCUUUCAUAGACCACUAAAUACGACCAUCAAAGUCAAACUGGCACAUCCAGUAACACUGGAUCUUCGACCUGAAUAUCACUGUGCUACAUUGAAGUGGGAACUAGAAAAUCCUGUGCCAUCAGCCACUAGUACAGGAAAACUGAUUAGCAGUAGACUUCUAAGCAUGACUAGUGCCAAUUGUUUGUUGAUAUUGCCACCAAGAACAAAUUCUUUAGAAAUGUUGGAUAAAGGUCAACAAGUGGAUGCUGUAAUUAUUGACUGGAUAUAAGUUUUUUCUGAAGAAUAAAUCCUAACAUUUGAAGUUCA